GGAGCGGUUUAGAUUUGAGCCUGUGAGAGAGGGGAAAGAGAGAGAAAGUGAGAAUGUCGUCGACGGUGCUGGAAGUGACGCGGGGAGCGCACGAGGAGGUGGAGCGGUUGGAGCGGCUGAUAGUGAAGGACCUUCAGAAUGAACCGGUCUCCAACAAGGAGCGUUUGUAUCAGAGUCACCGUGUACGCAACAUGAUCGACACCAUUUCCUCCACCACUCAAAAGCUUAUUGAGAUAUAUGAAGAUAACGACAAUGCUAGGAAGGAUGAGAUUGCUGCACUCGGAGGACAAACUGCCACCGGAAUUAACGUUUUCAGUGCUUUUUAUGAUAGGCUCAAAGAGAUACGAGAGUAUCAUAGGAAGCACCCAGCUGCACGUGUUGUUGAUGCUAAUGACGAUUAUGAAGUACUUCUUAAAGAGGAGCCUCAAAUUGAGUUUAGUGGAGAGGAAGCUUUUGGUCGUUACUUAGACAUGCAUGAAUUAUACUAUCACUAUAUCAAUUCUAAAUUUGGCAAGCCAAUUGAGUAUUCUGCAUACCUUGAUGUUUUCCCGGACACAGAUAAGAUUCCUCGCAAAAUGAAAAUGACCAGACAGUACUGGGAAUAUAUGGAAAAUCUUCUGGAGUAUCUGCUAUACUUUUUCCAGCGGACAGAACCCCUGCAAGAUCUUGAUCGAAUUUUCUUAAAGGUAACGACUGAAUUUGAAGAAAAUUGGGCUGCUGGAAUGGUGCUGGGAUGGGAGAAUGACAAUCAGGAGAAUGGACAUGUACCCACUCAACACACUACGAUUGAUCUGGAUUAUUAUAGUACAGUUGAAGAGCUGAUGGAAGUGGGUCCUGAAAGGUUAAAGGAGGCACUUGCUGCAUUGGGGCUUAAGAGUGGUGGUACUGUUCAGCAACGGGCAGAGAGGCUUUUCCUCACAAAGCACACACCUCUUGAAAAGUUGGACAGGAAGCAUUUUGCUAAGGGGGCACGUGGUUUAGAAAAAAAUGGGGUUGGAGCAGUUCCACAAGAAGAUGGAAAUUCUAAGGAAAUUGCAUUGAUGGAAGCCAAAAUGAAAAAGCUGUGUGAUUUGUUAGAAGAGACAAUUGCUCGAACAAAAGACAAUGUUGUAAAGAAGCAAGCCCUGACAUACGAGGAAAUUGAAGCAGAGCGUGAGGAGGAAGAGACACAAGAGGACACAGAAAGCGAAGAUGAGGAGCAGCAGAUAUAUAAUCCCCUAAAAUUGCCGAUGGGGUGGGAUGGGAAGCCUAUACCUUAUUGGCUGUAUAAGCUACAUGGUCUGGGUCAGGAAUUUAAAUGUGAGAUAUGUGGGAACUACAGUUAUUGGGGGCGUCGGGCUUUUGAACGACACUUUAAAGAAUGGCGCCAUCAACAUGGGAUGCGAUGUCUUGGUAUACCAAAUACUAAGAACUUCAAUGAAAUAACAUCAAUUGAGGAAGCAAAAGAUCUUUGGAAGAAGAUACAGCAAAGACAAGGAGUGAACAAGUGGCGCCCAGAUCUAGAGGAAGAGUAUGAAGACAAAGAAGGCAACAUAUAUAAUAAGAAGACAUACACUGACUUACAGCGCCAGGGACUGAUAUGAGAACACUCAACUUUGAAGAUUGUUCUUUUCAAAUAGCUUAUCACUAGAAAAUUUCUUCUUUUCACCUGGUCUAUGAAAGCAGUUUGUUUUCGGCAGAGUUCAUGGGGGAAUAGCUGGUAUCUAAACAGUAUUGUACUACCAGAGAGAAGAGUGGGGAUAGACAUGGAGCCAUGAUUUGUGGCUUGCGUUACACUUUCUUGAGCAAUUGUGAAUUUGUAAUUGACGGAAGAAGAAACAUUGUCAUUGAUGUUGCAUAGUAUUAUAGGUUUUUGAGUAUUAGUAGCCUAUCUUAGAUCUUGGCAGCAGGUAUGUUUGGAAUCUACUUUUCAUUAACAGUGUCCUUGGAGGGAACACUCAUAGCGUGUAAUUGGACUAGUGAACAUGUUAAUUUUUUAUGAUAGAUUGCUCGUGUCUUAUCACAUUUUUACUGGGAUAAAUCGUCCUUUUUUUAAUCUUUAUUUUAAUUGAAUAACUUCUAUGUGGAAGAUUCUGAAUUUUCUAUCCGUUUUUUCUCUCUCCACUGCAAUGUAAACCUUUGGCAUUUGAGAAAUUUUUGGGUGGCAGGGAACUACAGCCACUCAUAGUUUGACUCUAGUUAAUUUUUUUGAAAAAUGCAUACUGGUUGAGACCAUGGUAGUCUACUAGCAUAGAAAAUUUCUCCUGGCAUUCCUUAGUUGAUGCUACUUUCGCUCCAAUGUCGUUUUCACACGUUGUUUCUUAGCAUGGUUUUUCCCUUUUUGUAUAAUUUUAGCAUUUCUCGGCGAACAUUUUAAGGAGGAAAGGCCUUGAAUUGCUUUGCCAAGUC